AUGGCGGUUCUGAUUGAUGAGCUGAGAAGGGAGGGCUCUGUGUUGUUCUACCAGCCCUACAAACAGGCUGGCAGGCGCAGCGGGGAGCAGCCGCUGGUGAUUGUGAUGCAAGUGUCCUUCCAGGCGCGCAUGCUGGACCAGUUUGGGCGGCGGCUGGUGUUCAUGGACGCCACGUUUGGCGUCAACAAAUACGGCUACCCACUCUACGCGUUGGUGGUGCAAGAUGAGAGCGGGCGCGGGGUGCCGGUCAGCUUCAUGGUGUGCAGCUCGGAUACGGCGGAGGUGGUGGAGCACUUCCUGCGCACAUCGAUGGAAGGGGCACAGGCGGCAGGGGAUGGCACCUUCAAGUACAAGUCUAUCAUGAUCGACAAGUCGAAGACGGAGAUUGCAGCGGUGGACCAGCUGGUGUCCACCGGGCAUGCCGAAGGAUACCUGCUCUGCUACUUCCACUUCCUGCAAGAUUGGGAACGCUUCCUCAGCAGCGGCGACGCGGGUGUGCCUAAGGCUGAGCGGCACCGCAUCAUGCUGGCGCUGGCUCGCCUAGCCCACAUGCAAGACCAAGCGCCGUUCAAACAAGAGCUGGCCUUCUUCAUCUUGAGCAACAGCCAGCAGCACCUCCCGGUGGCGCAGCGCAUGCACAGCAGCUGGGUUCCGUGCGCCGAGAAGUGGGCGUGGUGGGGGCGGCUGGACGUGCUGGACCUGCAGUGCAACACAAACAACCUCGGGGAGCGCAAUUUUGGCCUCAUCAAGUACACCGACCUGGAGCGCAGGGCGCAGCUGACGCUGCACGAGCUGCUGCUGGCGCUGCUGACAAAGACAGUGCCCCGCAACAUCCAGAACCGCGCCCACAUGCUGGCGGGGCGGGUGACCAGCGACCAGCAGCAGCGCGAGCAAAGGGCAGCACUGUGGGUGCAAAAGCUGGUGGAACGCGGUGCGGUGGUGCCAGCAGCGGAUAGCAGCACCCCAGGGCUCACGCUGGUGCAGCAAGGAGAAGAUGCGCCGCCCGUGCACUCGUGUGUGGGCGAUCUCAGCUGCUCCUGCGGCUACAGUGGUGAGUGA